GGAAAGAACUCAAGAAGAAGAAUACCUGUAGCACCAUCUGGUUCAUUAUGGAUACGAUAAUCGUUAUUUUAGGAAUAUGUUCGAUCUUAGUGGCUUUGAUUCUUUUUAUCGUUACAAAGGUCGGGAAAAGCAAUAAAAAUGCAGAACAAGAAAGACCUGGUAGAGCAGCCCCUGUUGCCUGUGACAAUGCUGCAGGGGGAGUCAGAAGAGGAGCAAGGAGAAGAGGACCGAGGAUGGUGAGAGAACAAGUUGAAGACGAUGAUGACAGUGAAGAAGAGGAAGAUGACAUGUUGAAUUUUAACUUAAAGAUUGGUAAAAAGAAGCGGGAAAAGAUGGAAAAGAAAGAGGAAAGACGAAGAAUGCGAGAGAUGGAAGAAGAAGACCGUAGAGAAAGAAAGGAAAAACAAGAGAGGGAAAUGGAGAAGCUUCGAGAAAGGGAUAAAUGUGCUGAGGAGGAGGAAAAAGAAAGGGAAGAAGAGGAACGGUUACGAAAGGAAGAGGAAGAAAAAAGGGAAUAUGAAGAAUAUUUGAAACUUAAGGAGAGUUUUACAAUUGAGGAAGAAGGACAAGAAACGGUCACAUCUGUAGAGGAGGCGGAAAAUAUGCUACAACAGUUUGUUGAUUAUAUUAAGCAGAAGAAAGUAGUUUUAUUAGAAAACCUGGCUGCAGAAUUCAGCAUUAGAACACAGGAUGCAAUUAAACGUGUUCAGGAACUACAAGAAGAAGGUCGAUUAACUGGUGUCAUUGAUGACCGUGGAAAGUUUAUCUACAUAUCCCAGGAGGAACUUGAUGGUUUUGCAAGAUUCAUUCGCCAGCGAGGGCGUGUGUCUAUCACCGACCUUGCUGAGGCUAGCAAUACAUUAAUUAACCUUCAACCGGAUACUAUAAAUGUAGAACAAGUUGUUAGUUGAGGAACCAUCUCAACAUCAGGAGUGCUAAUUUUCCUACCCUUUUGUGUUCGCGGUUUGUUUAAGGUCAAUUUUGGUCGCUGUCUCACUUCAUUACCUGAUGGGCUCGUUUGUUCAUUUUUUUCAUUUAAUUUAUUUUUUCAUUACACUUAUAGUGCAUCAAUGAUUAUUAAUUAAAAUUAUUAUUGAUAUAAUUUUUUAAUCAUUUAAAUGUCCAAACUUCAUGUAGUUUUUGUAUUGAUGACAUUCUUCUUGUUUAUUAUUACUUCUGUUUUAGUAUGUAUUACAUUUUUAUUUGUACACUAUUGUUAUAAUGGUAUUAAAAUAGUUAUAAUAAAUAGUAAAGGACAAUGUUUAAUUACUAUUUUUAUUGGAUUUUGUUACAAGAGUAUUAAUGGAUGAUGAUGGUAUUUUAAUACAAUUUUCCAUAUAGUAUUAGGAAGUUGUUUUUAAUUUUCUUUUUUUUUUCUUACUUAUGGGGUAAUAGCCUGAUGUUAUUUAACAUUAAAGAUGAGGAUAGAAAGUAUAAUCAGGCAGGCACAUGUCAUCAGUGUGAGAAUAAUUCAUCUAAAGCUGGCAUGAACCAGUGGGGGCACCAGUAAGGGGUGGGGGGCCUGGAACCUCCCCCAUCGUCCUACACCACAACGAGGUCGUUGACCAAAAAUGUUAAUUUCCUUAUCCAACUAUCAUUAUUUUUAUUGCCAUUCCCAAAUAUUGUGGUCUUAAAGCACAUUUUUGGGCCAUACUAAGUCAUAAAAACUCUACCCAUUAGCCCAACCAGGAUUUUUUAUUCCGGGACCCUGACUGAGGUUCUAGUCAGCCCCUUGGUUCAGAUCACGGUGUCGGACAUGUCGGACCCACUUUUUCUGGAGCCACCACUACAUUACAGCUCCAUUAAUAGCAGUAACAUUCUGGGUGUCUGCCAUAAACCAACUAUUCCAAGUAAAAUGUUGGUCAGGAGAAAGAAAACAGAUUACUCUAUUAUCAAAUAAGUACCAUGGUGAUUAUAUACAAGUCUCCCUCUAACUAAAACCACUUCAGGGACUGGGAUUUCCAUGGUAUAGCCGCUUUGGUCUCUAAUUUGAAUAAUAAAGAUAAAAAACAUUUGUUAAGUUGGGAACUGAGAAAAGUAGUCUUUAAUUGGAGGUGGUCUUUAAUUAGAGGGAGACCUGGAUAACACUUUCUGUAAGUUUCAGUGCAGCACUUUUUCAAAUGUAGUGCUUAUUUGAAAGUGUUGCUGAUACUGAAUUGUUAAAAUUUUACUGUGUGUUGUACAUAGGCUUUUCUGCUAUAAGACUGCAAUUUUAGCAUUAUUAAUCUGUGAGAAAUAAGUUGUUUAAUAUUGUCCUGAUUCUACAAAACAUAAAGGCAUGUUGAGUAAUAUAUACUCUUGAAAAACUGCCCCAACAUUUAUUUAAAAUAGAAAAAAAUAUCUAUCACAAGCGUUUUAGACAGUGGGGCUUAUGAUGUUCGGUCAUUUACGUUGCUUAACUCAAUAUUUUCUCAUGAUAAUCAUAGUUAAGUAGACAUGUUUUACUUUCGUGAUAUAAAGACCAGCUGAUGUAGUAUCCAAUUGAGACUACAGUCACAACCAAUCAAAAGAAGGAGAAUACUGAAUAGUUACAUUUCAACAAAGAUAGAAAAAUAUGUUGACCCAUCAACAGUAUGAUGUGGGAUGCUCCUUAAAACCCACUUUUUCGAUUUGCACUUUCACCAUUAAAUUGUUUAACUUAAA